GGUGGUAGAUUUGCAGCUGCAGAGAUGGGAGUAAACUCCAACAGAGUGGAAGACUUCCCAGCUGGUGCAUGCCAUGAAACCACCGUGAAAAUCACAGCAGAAUCUUUACCACCUCUGGAGAUACAUGAAGUGUGCUUACCACCCAACAAAACCACUUUCCAGACACUCAAACACAGACUCUCUGAGAUUUUCUUCCCAGACGACCCACUUCACAGAUUCAAAAACCAGUCACCAUCUGUCAAGCUAGUCUUAGGUCUUCAGUAUUUCUUCCCCAUAUUUCAGUGGGGGACUAACUACAGUCUCAGACUUAUCAAGUCCGACAUUAUCUCUGGGCUCACCAUUGCAAGUUUGGCAAUCCCACAGGGAAUUAGUUAUGCAAAGCUUGCAAAUUUGCCACCCAUAAUUGGACUCUAUUCAAGCUUUGUGCCACCACUAAUAUAUGCAGUCCUUGGGAGUUCUAGACACCUUGCGGUUGGCCCAGUCUCAAUAGCAUCCCUGGUCAUGGGCUCAAUGCUAGGAGAGUCAGUCUCCCACACUGAGGAGCCAAUUCUCUAUCUUAAAUUGGCUUUCACUGCAACCUUCUUUUCUGGCCUGUUUCAGGCGUCUCUGGGAUUACUAAGGUUAGGAUUCAUAAUUGAUUUUCUCUCAAAGGCAACUCUACUUGGGUUCAUGGCUGGAGCAGCAGUUAUUGUAUCUCUGCAACAGCUGAAAGGGUUGUUUGGGAUUGUGCACUUCACCAACAAGAUGCAAAUCAUUCCUGUCAUGUCCUCUGUUUUUUAUCACAGAGAAGAGUGGUCCUGGCAAACUAUUGUAAUGGGCCUGAGUUUCCUGAUCUUUCUACUAACAACAAGGCAUAUUAGCAUAAGAAAACCAAAGCUUUUCUGGGUUUCGGCAGCAGCUCCAUUAACAUCUGUCAUUCUAUCAACCAUUCUAGUCUUUGCUUUCAAAGCUCACGUUCAUGGCAUCUCAACAAUUGGACACUUGCAGAAGGGUCUAAACCCACCUUCUGCAAAUAUGUUAUAUGUGCAGGGUCCUUACUUGGGUCUUGCCAUCAAAACAGGCAUCAUAACUGGGAUUUUGUCUCUCACUGAGGGAAUUGCAGUAGGAAGGACAUUUGCUUCACUAAGAAAUUAUCAAGUUGAUGGGAACAAAGAAAUGAUGGCAAUUGGGUUGAUGAACAUAGUUGGUUCUUGCUCUUCCUGCUUUGUUACUUCAGGAUCCUUUUCUCGAUCCGCCGUUAACUACAACGCCGGGGCACAGACGGCAGUUUCGAACAUAAUAAUGGCGGCAACUGUGCUGGUGACGCUUCUGUUUCUCAUGCCACUGUUUACAUAUACUCCCAGCCUGGUGUUGGGGGCGAUUAUCAUAACGGCCGUGAUCGGGCUGAUCGACUACCGGGCGGCCUACCGGCUGUGGAAGGUGGAUCGGCUCGACUUCUUCGCUUGUAUGUGUGCCUUUUUUGGUGUUCUCUUCAUCUCUGUGCAGAUAGGCCUUGCCAUCGCUGUCGGAGUGUCGAUAUUCAAGAUACUAUUACACGUGACGAGGCCGAACACGGUGGUUUUAGGGAAUAUUCCGGGCACUGAGAUUUACCAAAAUCUCCGCUGUUACAGGGAGGCUUUGAGGGUUCCCUCGUUUCUUAUACUUGGAAUUGAGUCCCCCAUCUUUUUUGCAAAUUCCACCUACCUCCAAGAAAGGAUAUUAAGAUGGGUCCGGGAGGAGGAAGACAGGAUACAAGAAAACAAAGAGAGUACACUAAAAUGCAUAAUUUUGGAUAUGACCGCGGUAACAGCCAUAGACACCAGCGGCAUUGAAGCAAUAAAUGAACUUCGAAAGACACUGAAGAAACGAUCACUUCAACUUGUAUUGGCAAAUCCUGUUGGAGAUGUGAUGGAAAAGCUGCACCGCUCAAAAACAUUGCAGUCCUUCGAAUUGAACGGGCUCUACCUAUCAGUUGGAGAAGCCGUUGCCGACAUCUCGUCACUGUUUAAGGCUCAGCCAUGAGCUUCUUUCUUUAGAUUGAUCAGUACGAUCUCACCAUGUUAUAACAGAGUAAAAUAAAAGAAUCCAGUGUACUAAGAGAACACUUGAUUCCUCGCCGGUGUAGGUUGAGAAUGAGAGCUCUUCUAAGAAGAGUUUUUUUUUUUUUUUGAAGAGAGAGAGGUAUUUUAGUUAAUAAACCAAGAUGACUUGUAUGUAUGCACGGCGAUCUCUUUCAACAAGAGGUUUUGAGGUUAGCUUUGGUACGUUAA